UCUUGCCCCUCCACGUCCACAUCCCGUGGCGGAGACUUCACAUGGCAAUUCCCAGGGACACCCCCAGCAACUGCCCUGCUGCAGCCUGGGGUCUAGAAGUAAAACCCAAGUUACCGUCUACCCUGAACCAGAAUGAAACGGCGGGGCAGGGACAGGACAGACCCAGUAAAGGUCCUACCGGGAGGAGGGAGGGCAGGAGCCGGCAGCCGGGGCAGGAGUCGUGGGUGCUGAGUGACCCCUGCCCACCCAGCCCUCCUCAUCCUGCUUCCCCAUGGCCACCUCUCAGGAGUCGUCGGCACACUUUCUGCAGCUCUUUCCUGACCACGUGGGUGUGACUAGGCUUUCCUCUGAGCAGCAACUCGGGGGCCCAUGUCCCCUCCAGCCUGCAGAGUCCCCAUCCCCAAAGCCGACCACAUCCAGCUGUGGAACGGGCAGGACGGGGCCCAGGGCCCCCUCAUGUCCCCAGCACUGCUGCAGGGCAGGCUGGGGGUGAGUUCCAGCCAUACAAACAAGGAGCCUGCGUUCUGAGGCCUGGAUGGGGAGAGAGGAAAACGCACCCCCACUGGGAUCUGGAUUGGGGGAGGGCUCUUUGCUCACAGCAUGGGGCAGGGUCCCCUCAAGGCAGCCUGGCUGGCAAGGUGGUCCUGGGAGGUUCAAAGCCUGGAGUUAGAUGGCAGGACAGAGCUGCAGGCACAGCAUGCAGCCUUUGGGUAAAAGAAAGCAGUUUCUUUUUUUUUUAAUUGAGGUAUAGUUGAUGUACAAUAUUAAAUAAGUUUCAGGUGUUCAAGAUAGUGAUUCAGCCAGCCUGCCCAGCACCUCCACAAACAAUGCCCUGUAUUAAAUCCCUUCUGUUUGAAAUACCUCGGGUGGAUUUCUUUUCCUAAUUAGACACUGAUUAAUAUAGAUAAAACUACCCCCAUUUUACAGUUGAGAAAAGUGACAUUCAAAGAGAGGAAACGACUAACCAAAGGCAAACCCAGUACCUCUCCUCUUGUCACCCUGGUCCCAUUACUGGGUCACAAUGCUGUCCCCAGCUCUUCCUUGCACACUCUUCAUCCAGGCCCCAUGCAGAUGCCACCUCUUGAAAAGACCUCUAGCCAGGUGUCAUCUCCGAGUCAUCUAUUACAUCAUCCUGCUUAGUUUCUUGUCAGUAUUUAUCAUUCACUGAAAAUACUUAGUUACUUAGUUGUUUAUUCCACUGGACUGGAAACGCCACGAGACCAGGAAGUGUUUGUCUUACUAAAUGCUGUGCCUCUGGUGCCUGAGAGUACCUGGUACUGACUGUGCACACAAUUAUUUGCUAUAAAAAUGAAUGAAAAGAGUAGUAAGGGAAGCGGCAGAGAUUUCCGAGCACAGCUAGGACCCACCUUUCCUGCUGGCUACUUCUCCGCCAGCAAUCAGGGCUCUCUGGGCGCCCACAGGAAUUUCAACUCCCACCAUUCAGGUUGUGCCCUCAGUGGGAGCUCAGUUACUACACGCUGAGGGAAUCAAGCUGCCCAUGAAUCUUCCAGAAGGUGUCUGUGCACUAGCAGUGAUGAACAGGUGACAUUCUGGGCGUCUCCACUCAAGUCAGCAGACUUCACCCUAAAAAGACCUCCUUUAGCGUGGCAGAUGGCCUGUUAGAAGUUAAGUGCAAGAGCAGGGAGAUGGGGAGAUGGUCCCAGGCCCACAGUUGCUUGAGCACUUUCCUCUGUGCACUAGAUCCUGGCCUUCCUGAGAGACACCAUAGCCUAGCGAAAUCUCGGCAACCGGACAGCUUGGGCUCAAAUCCUGGCGCAUGACUUUAGCGAGUCACUCAGGUAGGUCCUCCUCAUUUGCAAAAUAAGAAUGUGGAUAAAAACAGUAUCACUUUCACAGGGCUGUUGUGAAGAUUUAAGAGUUAAUCACUUAAAAUAAUUAGAACAGGGCUUGGCCUGACUUAAAUGUCAGUUGAUUGUUACCUUGUGUGCUGUUCUGAGUUCCUACAGGUGUCACCUUGUGUAAUGCUCAUACUGGUCCUCUGAGGAGAGGUGCUAGUAUCACGCCCAGGUUACACACUGGGAGGCUGAGAAACAGAGGUUAUACAAGCAGCCCCAGAUCCAGAUCCAUGCUUCAAACCCAGCUGUUGUAGAAUCCCUAGAAACCCUCUGAAUCAGCAAACUGGUCCAGAGAAAACAGAUAAUCACAAGGCGAGAUGGUCAUUGUUCGGAGGUCUCUAGCAGUGCCGCACACUGUUACCUGGAGGCGGGAUCGUGACCCAACAGGAAGAGCAGGUACUGCUGAAGGAUGGUUGGCAGGGAGAGAAAGGCAUUUUAGGCACAGCAUGGACCGUCUGGGGACCUCCGAACCCUCCGAAUCUGCUAACCUGGCUCUGGGCAGGGAAGGGAGGCAGCUGAAGCUGGAGAGGGGAGCAACCUCCACAUUAUGGAGGGGCUUCUGGGUUGCGUUAAGGAGCUUGAGUUGCAUCUUGUAGGUACCGAGGGCCCGUGACAGACUAUUAAGACUAUUGUAGACUGUGAGCCGGAAGGAAAUCCUGAGGAAUCCUCAACAAUGGGAGCCGCAUCUACACCCAACAGCCCUCGGGCCCUGGUUCGCCCGGCUACGCCAGACCCGGGGGCUGAGAGCAGGCGCCGUGCUUCUCCCCUCUCUGAACACGGAGCUGAUUUCGGCAUGAGAGUUGCUCAAAUGCUUAUGGGACCAAUUAUGUCUAGCGACGCUGUCGGUCGGAAGCAGGGGAGGGACUACAAGUUCAGAGCUGCGAGGGGUCCCCCGGAUCAGCCCCUGGUCGGAGGCGACAGGGGGCAGGAGUCACUGGGCUCCGUCCGCCCUCCCGACUCGGCAGGGUCCAGGCAGGGCUCCCGCCGGCGGGGUGAGGGGCUAGCACCCGCCUUCGAAGACGCCCGAGUGCGGGGCUGUGUCCUCGCCACCACGGCCGGACGAGGGUGCGACGUGCGCGGGCCCCUGUCUCUCCCAGCAGUCAUCACACGUUAAAUUCUCCCCUUUCUCCGCUUCCAGACACUCUCUGCCAACAGCCUGCCAGCAGGGACCCCCUGGCGGCGGGAACCGCGUCCGUCUCGCCUCCCGAGAAUUUGGGGGAUGAGCGAGAGUGGCCCCUCGGUGACCUCGGCGGUCGAAGCUCUCGAAGCGCAGGAGGCCUAGCGGCGGCUAGUCCGGAAGUGGGCCCUCAGCUCCUCCUGUCUGGGCCCGCCUUUCCCAGGCGGCCUCGGGGUGGGCUUCCGGCGCGCAGUGUAUUGUGGACCUUAUAGUCCCACGUGGCCCGAUCCCCAGCCGGCGCGCCCUCCGGGGCGGCGGCCGGACUACAACUCCCUCCCGCCCGCGCGGUGUCGCGAGGCCUCCCGGCGUGAGGCGUUCGCGAGCGGGGAGUCUCCAAGAUGGCCGCGUGGGGAAGGAGGCGUCUUGGCCCGGGCGGCGGCGGCGGCGCCCGAGAGAGGGCGAGCCUGUCGGCCACAGACUGUUACAUUGUGCAUGAGAUCUACAACGGGGAGAAUGCCCAAGACCAGUUUGAGUACGAGCUGGAGCAGGCCCUGGAAGCCCAGUACAAGUACAUCGUGAUCGAGCCCACCCGCAUCGGUGACGAGACAGCCCGCUGGAUCACCGUGGGCAACUGCCUGCACAAGACCACCGUGCUGGCGGGCACCGCCUGCCUCUUCACCCCGCUGGCGCUGCCCCUGGAUUACUCCCACUAUAUCUCCCUGCCCGCGGGCGUGCUGAGCCUGGCCUGCUGCACCCUCUACGGCAUCUCCUGGCAGUUCGACCCCUGCUGCAAGUACCAGGUGGAGUACGACGCCUACAGACUGUCCCGGCUGCCCCUGCACACACUCACCUCCUCCUCCCCGGUGGUGCUGGUCCGGAAGGACGACUUGCACAGAAAGAGACUGCACAACACGAUAGCACUGGCGGCUCUGGUGUACUGUGUAAAGAAGAUCUACGAGCUCUGCGCCGUAUGAUCGGGGCAGAGUAGGGCGAGCAGGCAGCCCGGCCCGCGAGGUGGCGGAAGGGAGCCCGGGAAGGCAUCUGGCUGCACGUUUGUUAUUUUAAAGAAAUAACACAUCGCAAGUGUACCAGGGGUUUUUUCAGCUCAUCACACUAAGAUGUGGAUUCCCGUAACCCACGGGGGCCUGAGGCUGUGGAAGGCCGACCAGGCAGCUGGAUGUGAUGGAAGCAACGCUACUGGGGGAUGUGAACACGCUUGGGGGGUUGUUAAGUAUGUUGUUUAACUGUACCAUCCAGAGCCAACCAGAAGCUAUUGACCAUUAAAAUUAUGAGAAUUUCAA